AUGGAGUAUACUCCAUUUUAUAUUGAGGGGAACAAAACCACGAAAGUCCAUGUCUCGUACUGUUCAGGUUUUCUUUUGGAGUACCUUACGCAGGAUAAAUCCAUCCUUUUGCUUUCGGGGAAGGAUAUCAAGGAACGUUAUUUCGUUGACUACGUCAACAUCCGCAGAAAACCUGAGCGAAGGAUUUAUGCUGUUAAACUUCUUUACCACGGUGUCGGUGCCAAUUUCAUGAUCUCUCAGACAGACGAUGUCAUCCACGUAUCGACCGUAAAAUUUGAGGUCAUUGAUAGUGUCACUAAGACUCGUUUUCUCGAUCUUUCUCAAAAAUACCUUUGCGCAAAACGUGCCAAUUAG